CCCACCAGCCAACUGCGCGGCCUCCUCCGGCUGGCCGGCGGGUUGGAGCAGGCGACGCGAAACCCCCGGCUGCCCGGAGCCCGACGGGUGCGGGCGUGAGGGCGAAGAGGCUUGUUAAUUAAGACCGCUGCGGAGAGCCGCAGGGCCUUAGAGGCUGGGAGCGGCUGGCUGCUGGAAGGCGGAGAGCGAGCCGGCCUCUGCGCUCUCGUGCUAGGCUCUCAAAGUUCCGGCGGCCAGGCCUGCGCUGCCUAGUCUUCUGGGGCUUUGCGCUGUGUAAACUCUGCCUCUUCUCCGCCGGCCCCAGUCUCGCACCUGCCAGAUCAACGCCCAGGGCCGCAGUGGGCAGAGGUGGCCGUGGGGUUGGAGAGAGAGACCCGGACUGACAGCAAGAGCAGUGCUCAGCAAAAGCAAAAGUCUUUUAUAGAGUGAUUUUUACGAAUACUAAAACAUGGCAUGUACUGGCAUUGAAAACAUUGAUGAAGCUAUUACAUUGCUUGAACAGAAUAAUUGGGACUUAGUGGCAGCUAUCAAUGGUGUAAUACCCCAGGAAAAUGGCAUUCUACAAAGUGACUAUGGAGGUGAGACUAUACCAGGACCUGCAUUUGAUCCAGCAAGUCACCCAGCUCCAUCUCCUGCUCCUUCUUCCUCUUCGGCAUUUCGACCUGUAAUUCCAACUAGGCAGAUUAUAGAAAGGCAACCUCGGAUGCUGGACUUCAGAGUUGAGUACAGAGACAGGAAUGUUGAUGUGGUACUUGAAGACAGCUGUACUGUUGGAGAAAUUAAACAGAUUCUAGAAAAUGAACUUCAAAUACCUGUGUCUAAAAUGCUGUUAAAAGGCUGGAAGACUGGAGAUGUGGAAGACAGUAUGGUCUUAAAAUCACUACAUUUGCCAAAAAACAACAGUCUUUAUGUUCUUACACCAGACUUGCCACCACCUUCGUCAUCUAGUCAUUCUGGUGCCCUGCAGGAGUCAUUAAAUCAAAACUUCAUGCUGAUCAUCACCCACCGAGAAGUCCAGCGGGAGUACAACCUGAACUUCUCCGGAAGCAGUACCAUUCAAGAGGUAAAAAGAAAUGUGUAUGACCUUACGAGCAUCCCUGUUCGCCAUCAGUUAUGGGAGGGCUGGCCAACUUCUGCCACCGAUGACUCAAUGUGUCUUGCUGAAUCAGGGCUCUCUUAUCCCUGCCAUCGGCUGACAGUGGGAAGAAGAUCUUCACCUGCACAGACCCGGGAACAGUCCGAAGAGCAAAGCACCGAUGUUCAUAUGGUUAGUGAUAGUGAUGGAGAUGACUUUGAAGAUGCUUCCGAAUUUGGGGUGGAUGAUGGUGAAGUAUUCGGCAUGGCGUCAUCUGCCCUGAGAAAAUCUCCAAUGAUGCCAGAAAACGCAGAAAAUGAAGGAGAUGCCUUAUUACAAUUUACAGCAGAGUUUUCUUCAAGAUAUGGUGACUGUCAUCCUGUAUUUUUUAUUGGCUCAUUAGAAGCUGCUUUUCAAGAGGCCUUCUAUGUGAAAGCCCGAGAUAGAAAGCUUCUUGCUAUCUACCUCCAUCAUGAUGAAAGUGUAUUAACCAACGUGUUCUGCUCACAAAUGCUUUGUGCUGAAUCUAUUGUUUCUUAUCUGAGUCAAAAUUUUAUAACCUGGGCUUGGGAUCUGACAAAAGAUGCCAACAGAGCAAGAUUUCUCACAAUGUGCAAUAGACACUUUGGCAGUGUUGUUGCACAAACCAUUCGGACUCAAAAAACAGAUCAGUUUCCACUUUUUCUGAUUAUUAUGGGAAAGCGAUCAUCCAAUGAAGUGUUAAAUGUGAUACAAGGUAACACAACAGUGGAUGAGUUAAUGAUGAGGCUCAUGGCUGCAAUGGAGAUCUUCACAGCCCAACAGCAGGAAGAUAUAAAGGAUGAGGAUGAACGUGAAGCCAGAGAAAAUGUGAAGAGAGAGCAAGAUGAGGCCUAUCGGCUUUCACUUGAGGCUGACAGAGCAAAGAGGGAAGCUCAUGAGAGAGAGAUGGCAGAACAGUUUCGUUUGGAGCAGAUUCGCAAAGAACAAGAAGAGGAACGUGAGGCCAUCCGGCUCUCCUUAGAGCAGGCCCUGCCUCCAGAGCCAAAGGAAGAAGAUGCUGAGCCUGUGAGCAAACUGCGGAUCCGAACCCCCAGUGGCGAGUUCCUUGAGCGGCGUUUCCUGGCCAGCAAUAAGCUCCAGAUUGUCUUUGAUUUUGUAGCAUCCAAAGGAUUUCCAUGGGACGAGUUCAAGUUACUGAGUACCUUUCCUAGGAGAGACAUAACCCAGCUGGACCCAAAUAAAUCCUUAUUGGAGGUAAAGUUGUUCCCUCAAGAAACCCUUUUCCUUGAAGCAAAAGAGUAAACACGGCCCAGCGGUGGAACCAGCCAUUCCUUGACAAGCCAGAGGCCUGCAUCAGGAGAAGGGCUCUUUGCCAACACACCUACACGCUCGUCUCACUCAAUUCAAUGUCACACUUCUGCCUCUUGCAAGAUUGCUGGGGAAAAACAAGUAAUAAUAAACAUAGCUACUUAAAAUGUCCCAUCCACGAGUAUAUGUUCCCAACCCUUAUUAUAGAGAAUUACAACUCUGCCACCCACCCUUAUCCCUUCACCUAGCCCUCCUUCAAUGACUAAUGCACUGUUAAGUGUGAGUGAUCACGAAAUAGGACUUUUACCUCUCCAGUGCCCAUCUUCUCCCCUACAAUGUCUAGGAUAGUUUUCUGUCUGUCCUAAGACACCAGGAUGCUGUGUAUUUGAUAUGUCACAUUGAGCCAGGGCUCAUAUACCUCUGCCUUUUUAUUUUCAUAACUGGAUUUCUACUUUGUCACCUAAUUUUAAGAGGCAGGAGGAAAAAAAGUCAAAUGGGACUUCUUGGCAUGGAGAUUAAACGUCGUAGGAGGAAAAAAAGCAUAUCAUUUUCGUUGGUACUUUCUUACCUCUUUUACUAAGAUGUAAGGUUGUGUUUGAGGACUGCAUUUGACAUAUAUGCAAGCUAUUUAGUUACUGCUGCUGCCUUGGGUCUCCAGGUUCCAUCUAGGACAGGGGUCCCCAACCCUGGGCCAUGGACCAGUACCGUGGCCUGUUAGGAGCCAAGCCUCACAGCAGGAGGUGAGCGGUGGACAAGCAAAGCUUCAUCUGUAUUUGCAGCCGCUCCCCAGCACUAACAUCACCGCCUCAGUUUCACCUAGAUCAACAGGCAUUAGGUUCUCAUAGGAGCACUGGUCCCUGGUGCCAAAAAGGUUGGGGACCGCUGCUCUAGGAGGUAUUUGCUGUUCCACUGCAGCAUGAGAAACUGUUUAAAUGCACUAUGUAAAUGCUGAGAUAGUGUGAAGAGGACCAGAACCAGGACUUCAGUAUCCGGCCUGGCUGCAGGAAGCUGCUGUUAGGUUUACAUUUGGGCAGUUGGAACCUCAUGGGUACUAGUUCCCAGGCUGCUGGUCCUUCAGUGUACACUGAACACAAUUCUCUCCUGCUUUUCUCUCCCUCUUAUUCACUAAUUUGGACCUUGUUACUUGGUGUUUUAAACCCCUUGUCUAUGGCCAAAAUCUGAUCAGCUGCCCCUUGACCUCUGAGCCCAGCUGUGAUAAGGAAUUUGCUCCACUGUUUCAUCCUUUUAAUGUUUUAAUAUUAGAUAUUGGACUUCCAUCUCAAAUGAAAGGGAUCUCAUUCUGAAAAUUCUCAUUUCAUAUAUUUAAGAGAGCAAACGUGGGGACUCAGCUCAGAAGACAUGUGUCGCCUGAACCCACACGUAAUAAUUUUGAGAUGAUUAGUAAAUGUGGAUUUUUGUUAAUCUAUGGAUUUAGAGUUUGGAGUUUAGUUCAUGGAAGCACUAUUUAUACCUUCACUGACAAUGAUUUCAGUCUUGGAAUGUUUCUCCAUAUCUAUUUUUGUUUCAUCUAUUGUCCCUAUCCUAGGGGUUGAGAUCCUGAUUCAACAUUUUGUACUUGUCCAAAAGAGAGUCUAAGUGCUGGGGUUUUUUUCCCCGGCCCAAAUCAGGGGGUUCUCAGAAGACUAAUUGAAGCCUGAGAUAUGCCUGGUCAUUUUCCCUCUGCCCAGAAGUAGGUGUUGGCCAGGAAAAUUCCAUCUAUGUCUUUUCUCUGAUACUCCAACCAGGGAUCUCCCCUGAACACUCUCUUAGAAGAAACUAAUCCUGUGUCUGCCUAGUUGCAGGCCUUCUCUGGCCCCAGAGGUCUCUCCAGGGAGUCUGGGAGGAAGAGACCCACUGCAGGGGAGUUCAACCUGAGGACUUCCUCCCCAGCCCCACUCCUACCUUCUUAACCUAGUGACCCCACAACACAGUCAUUUCCAAUGCUAUAGAUGCACUAGGGCACCAGCUCUUCUUUUUCCAGGUAGACCUUGUUCUGUAGCUGCCAUAGAGAAGCUACAGCCCUGAACUCAGGCCAUACUCAGGAAGAGCAGCAAGGGUGUGGGUGGGGGUUGGAGGGGCGAGACUCUGAAUUCACUUUCAUGUUUAACCUGUUGCAUCUGAUUUGGGUUUGACUUCAUAUUGUUCUCCCCUAUCCACUUCUGUAUUCCAAUAAUAUAGACUACUCUGAAACCGAUUUCAUAAAAGUUAUUAAAUGGUACUUGAAUGUG